AUGGCCGAGGCCGCGGAGCUGGAGGGCGCCCCCCCAGGGCCCCCGGGGCCGCCUGAGGUCCCCGCGCCAACCGCGGAGAAGGCGGGCGCGGAGGCGGAGCGGGCGGAGGCCGGCGAGGGAGCCCCGGGGGCGCCGCGGGGCGAGGGGGCGGGCGCAGCCGCCACGGCCGCCCUGAGCCCCGCGGGAGGCGCCCAUCCGGACGCGGGGCGCAAGGGCGAGCGGGGGCCGGACGCCCACGGUGACCCGGGGGCCGAGGCGCGGGGCGCGGGCGCAGCGCCGGGCGAGGCGGACGCCGAGGAGGGCGCCCCGGGGUGCGCCGAGGUCCCCCGGGGAGAGGAGGGCGAGGCCUCGGGGGAGCUGCGGGGGGGCCCCGAGGAGCCCGAGGAGCCCGACGCGAAGGAGACAGCGGAGCAAGGGCCGGAGGGAGCGGGCGGCGGCAGUCCGGGGGCGCAGGGGGCGCAGGGGGCGCAGGGGGCGAGCAUGGCAGCCGCGGAGCAGGCGGGAGGGGCGCACGGGCCCCAGGGGGAGCCCGGCGACGGAGGGGACCUCGGCCCCCAGCCCACUGAGGGGGCCCCCGGGGGGCUUGCAGGGGAGCCUCGGAGUGCAGCGGGGACCCCGGGGACGGAGGAAGCGGGGGACGCGAGGGCGGCAGCCGUGGAGGACCUGGGGGGACCCCAGGAGGGGACGGAGGAGCAGGAGAGGCGAGAGCGCGGCCCGGGGGCGCCGGGCGGGGGCGAGGAGGAGCCCCCCGACGGCAGCGCGCAGGCGGAGGAGCCUGAGGAGCCGGAGGAGCCGGGGGAACCGGGGGAGCCGGGGGAGCCGGGGGAGCAGGAGGAGCCGGAGGAGCCGGAGGAGACGGGGGAGCUGGAGGAGCCGGAGGAGACGGGGGAGCUGGAGGAGCCGGAGGCCGAGCUCGGCAACCACCUGGCGGAGGAGGGCAGCGUGCAGGGCGCGGACGACGCGGCGCGGGUGAACGGCGGCGGGGAGGACGGCGAGGCGUCGGAGGAGGGCGCCCCGCGGCAGGAGCACGACAUCACCCUCUUCGUGAAGGCCGGGUAUGAUGGUGAGAGUAUUGGGAACUGCCCCUUCUCCCAGCGCCUUUUCAUGAUUCUCUGGCUAAAGGGCGUCAUAUUUAAUGUGACAACGGUGGACCUGAAGAGGAAACCCGCAGACCUGCAGAAUCUGGCUCCUGGGACAAACCCUCCCUUUAUGACUUUUGAUGGCGAAGUCAAGACGGAUGUGAAUAAGAUCGAGGAGUUCUUAGAGGAGAAGUUAGCUCCCCCAAGGUACCCUAAGCUGGGGACCCAACAUCCAGAAUCUAACUCUGCAGGAAAUGAUGUGUUUGCCAAAUUCUCCGCAUUUAUAAAAAACACCAAGAAGGAUGCAAAUGAGGUUUACGAAAAGAACCUGCUAAAGGCCCUGAAAAAGCUGGAUACUUACUUAAAUAGCCCUCUGCCUGACGAAAUUGAUGCCUACAGCACCGAGGACAUCACUGUUUCUGGAAGGAAGUUCCUGGAUGGGGAUGAGCUCACGUUAGCCGACUGUAACCUCUUACCCAAGCUCCACAUUAUAAAGAUCGUGGCCAAGAGAUACAGAGAUUUUGAAUUUCCUUCUGAAAUGACUGGCAUCUGGAGAUACUUGAACAAUGCUUAUGCUAGGGAUGAAUUCACGAAUACAUGUCCAGCUGACCAGGAGAUUGAACAUGCAUAUUCAGAUGUUGCAAAAAGAAUGAUGUGAAGCCAGAGUGGUUUCUGUCUUAUGUCUCGGCUGUAUGAGCUAGGCUAUGACAAAGGUGUGUCCUUUGUGAGUGUGUCCUUUAUAUUCCGCCCAAGAACCAUAAUGCCCAUAUUUUAAAAAUACCGUAUCAUAGAUCCACUCAACACCAAAUGGUACCUGGCCUUGUGAUUUGUCAACUCACUUGUGUAUCUGAAUAACACCAGUAUCUAUUGUGACACACGCCAGUGGUCCAGUUGACUUCUUAAUUUACUUCUUUGGCAUUCACAGACCCUAUAAUCUGUGAUAUUAGGGCAUGUGUUUUGCAGUUUUAAGUUCCAAAGCGAAUUAGACUUGGGUUCACGUCCUCCUUCAAUUUUUAAAAAAUUCGUCUGUCUCUGGGAGUUUUCGUAAUCAUCAUAUACAGCUUAUUUUUCUCCUCUAAAAGAGUAGCUUAAGUUUUUUUCGGAAUGAAAAUACUGUUUCUGUAGUCACAAGAUGAUACAUGCGUAUUUCAAUAUUUUACAAUGAUGUCAGAGUUUAAGGAAACCACCUAAAAUUUCACUUCACCUAGAUAAUUGCUGAUAACUUAUUGGUGGACAUCUUCCUGAGUCUCUCGACAGACGUUCACACUGCGCACAACUCCUCCAUUCCUAUGAAAUAGGUCAGGGGACCUGUUGGUGAUGCCUUGAUGAUCAUCUGUAGAGGACCUAAAACAGAAAAAAAAAAAAGAAAAGAUUCAGCACUGCUGAGUUAGAGAAUGCUUGCCAUCAGGUUUCACAGGUGAAGAACUGGAGUCCACACACCUGUAAGGACGCACAGGGCCCAUAGAGACCAGGAGCUAUGGGAGGUCCCCGCUCUGCCUUUACCACAUUGGUGAUGCCAGCUGCCUCUGGCUCAAGGGCAGGCAGCAGAGGAAAGUGCGCCUGGUAUUUUGUUGCAGCUUCCUUUUGGAAGCCUUCUCUCACUCCUUCCCCUCUCUUGAGACCUGAAGAUGCUCAACAUGAGCUGCAAAUUGGAGAAUCCUGCCCUGUGGUGAAAUGUGAGCCAAGUGCUCAGACCCAGCACUGCACUUCUACAGCGGUGAUGUGGUGUGGGGCUGGCCUGGUUCUUGCUGCUUCUUUGCCUUUUACCCUGUCACCCUGAGAUCAGGCAGGGAAAGUCCAGGGAGACUGAAUUCGUGAUGACUACUCUUGGGUAGUUCUGGUAACCAGUCAAGUUGGGGAGGAAGUAGAAAACCAUUGGCUCAAAGAGUUUUCUGGUUUAUCUGUGGCUUCCCCACCACCUUGCCCUACAGCCAACCUCUCAUCUGUAGGGUGUGUGGGCUGGAUUGCUGGGCUCCAACCGAAGGCAUGGGAGACAGUGCGGAAGGCUGUGUAGAUACUCAUCAAGACCUCUCUGGGUCUGAGCAUUCUUGAGCAGGCUGCGUUCCUUUGACAUUUACGUACAUCUUAUAGAAACCCUCUUGUCCAGUUGGUUGUAGCAUGCGGUUGAUGCUAAAAGCUCAUUUUUAAAAAGAUAUGCAUUUCCUGUAUGGGUGAUUUAUUGGAAAAGAGUAAGAUGUGGGGCACCUGGGUGGCUCAAUCAGUUGAGUGUCUGACUCUUGUUUUUGGUUCAGGUCACAUGAUUUCAGUGUCUUGAGAUGGAGCCCCACAUUGGGCUCUGCACCCAGCAUGGAGUCUGCUUGAGAUUCUCUCUCCUUCUCCCUCUCCCCCUCAUGCUUGUGCUCUCUCUCUUUAAAAUAAGUACUUUUUUUUUUAAAGGAAUAAAAUGCGUUAACAGCAACUCUUGUGGGAUUUAGUGAGAAAUGUCCAGUGAGAUUAACAAAAUCCAUAAUCUGGUGGCUACUUUGUAUUCCCUCUUACUGGAUGCUACAGUGUCAUGCAGGGGCUGCCACUGGGCAGUGGGCUUUCUUUGUUAACCCUACAUUUUUGGAGGUUGUAUCUAGCAUUCACCAUCAUGCAUGUUUCACUUCUGUUUUGAAGUCAGAUUUUCAAGUCUAGCUUUAUAAUGGUACGUCUAAAUGUGGCAAAUGAAUAGGCUACCACUUGUUACUAAUGCAAACUCUGUGUUUUUAGAUAUUAAGAUGAUGUAUAUAAAGUCUGUGUGGGGAUCCCUGUGUGGCGCAGCGGUUUGGCGCCUGCCUUUGGCCCAGGGCGCGAUCUUGGAGACCUGGGAUCGAAUCCCACGUCGGGCUCCCGGUGCAUGGAGCCUGCUUCUCCCUCUGCCGAUGUCUCUGCCUCUCUCUCUCUCUGUGUGACUAUC